AUGGCAAUUGCACCAGACGUGGUUUCUCAUGAGCAGUCCUAUGCGCGAGAAGAAAAGCUCAACGAAGCGACAUCUCAAUACGGCAUGACUAUCGACUUCGAUCCAGAAGAGAUACGAAAGAAAUACGAGGCUGAAAAAGCUAAGCGUGACAACAAUGGCGGUUUAGGUCAAUACAUUCGGUCAAAAGACGUCAACAUCGUUCACUACGACGAAGACCCGUAUGCAAAAUUCCCUGUUGAACGACUACCUGUCGACGCAAUUUUUGACGUAGUCAUCGUCGGUGCAGGAUAUACUGGCCUUCAGGUUGCUGCUCGUCUGAUUGAGAAUGGCCUCACUAGCAUCUGCAUCAUCGAGAAAGGAAGCGGGGUUGGAGGGACAUGGUACUGGAACCGUUACCCCGGACUCCAAUGCGACAUUGAAUCCUACAUAUACAUGCCUCUGUUGGAGGACGUCGGCUCGAAGCCCAGUCGAAAGUACGCUUCGGGAUUCGAGCUGUGGCAGCAUGCAGACAGAAUCGCCGAGAAAUUUGGUCUGAAGGACCGCAUCCUUUUCCAGACGAUAGUGUCUAAGAUGUCUUGGGUCGAGGAAGACGCCCACUGGAAGAUCGACACAAACCGUGGUGAUAAUAUUAGAGCCCGGUGGACCAUUUCGGCCUCGGGUCCUUUUCAUGCACCCAAAUUCCCAGGAGUGCCAGGGAUUGAGAAAUUCCAGGGAAAGAGCUUUCAUUCUUGCCGGUGGGAUUACGACUACACUGGCGGAAGUUUUGAAAACCCGACACUGGACAAGCUUGCUGACAAGACUGUUGUUAUUAUUGGCACAGGAGCAACGGCCAUUUAG